GCUGUGACGGCACUUCGGCUUCGUCGACUUCAUCGCGAGGUCGGCAUGAUCAUGGACACAAGCUGGGCCGUUUCUCGCAGGUUGGCGGGCUGCGGAAUUUGCGCGGUGGAGCUGCUCAGCGAGAGCUUUCCCAGCAGGUUAAACGACAACUUGCGCAAUGCCAGGUUGGGCAGAUUUUGAAGGUUGCCGACCACUGUGCCGAACACAUGACCCUUGAUGGGGCCGUGGCUGCUCUCCAGACGCUGGCGCGAGACCCCGAGUUUAAGGCGAAUGGCAAGGACCGGAGGAUCAGCAGCAUUCUGGAUAUCUACCGGAAGUCCCUAGUGCCGGGGAGACGCUUGGACAUGAAGCAACUCACGACUUCCUGCUGGGCAUUUGCGAGGCUUCAGGUACGAUGGUCCUCUCCUUGCUGCGUUGCAAGAUGCUGUGGUCGAGAAAGCACGGGACAUGUCGUCGCAGGAGUUGUCUUCAACGGCUUGGGCGUUUGCAAGGCUGGAGCUUGCGGAUCCGGCGAUGCUUUCGAGUUUGCGCGAUGCCGUGAAAGCACGGGUGGCACAACCCCACAACGCAAUCAACGAACAGCUCAUGCCGCAUCAUGUGGCCAACGUCCUAUACUUGGCAGCGACAGCGACGGAG